AUCCUGUUUGCAAAGGUUGUUUUGGUCUAGUAGCUAAUCAUUUGUUGUGGUAAACGCAGGGACCCAAAUCUGCACUUUGUUGAGCCUUUUGCUCUUGCUCCUCCGGAAGUGCACAUGGACUUUGAUCCACAGCAGCAGGAUCCAAAUCUGCACGUCGUUGAGUCUCCUGCUCUUACUCCUCCAGAAGUGCACACGGACUUUGCCCCACAGCAGCAGCAUGAGGCAGAACUUGCUGAAGCAGCUAUUCAGCCACUUCCUGAUGGCGCUGGAAAAGCAGUUUUUAGGUUUGGAGACGGUAGUGGGCAUUCGAGACGGCAGGUGGUUUCAGCCUGCAUCCUUGCGAUUUUGGAGUUCUACAUUGGGGAAGCGAGAUGUUUUUGCUUUUUUGGUUUUGCUAAAUUACAUAAUUGUUUCUGGUUGAUUUAUCAAAUUAACCUUCAAUUUCGGUGAGUACGAAUCAAUAGUUAACGACAUUCUUUUUAGACAAUUUUGGUACGGGAAUUGCUG